AAGGGGCAGUCGUUACCACUGGUGCUGAUGCUCACAGGACAACCAGGCACUGGCAAGACAUUCACAGCCAGACUCAUUCGAGACACCGUCUUCCACACCCCCAACGGCGGGGGGGGCGAGAAGUGGGGAUUCGUCGAGUUUAUUGCAAGUAUGUGA